UCCAAGUGACAGUGAACGCCUCAUUCGGAGCAUGCGCAGUGCUCUGAAAGCACCCUGUUGGUCACGUGUGAAAACAAACUGUUCUCUGCUCUUCCUCGCCUCAAAGUUUUGUCUUUCUGUUCAGUCCAGUUGUUAAUAGUGCGGCUUCAAUUGAUUCUAGUUUAGUUUAAACUUUAAAUACAAAAAUGUCACUUUAGUUUCCGGCGUGUUCGCGGGUUUGCGGUCUGGGCGUGACCAAUGGCGUCAAUGGAGUGGGUGACAGUUUGUAGUAACAUCCUUCUGUCCACCACAGCUUUGUACUUUUCGCGCAAACUCUUCAAGGAUCACAGAGGCCCCUCAGUUGGUCUCUUCCUCCUCUGUCUCUCUGCCACACUCCAUGUCCUCCUGCCUUCAAGCUCACACCUGGCCUCUCUCAGAAGGGAAGUCACCUGGGCUGGGGAGGUGCUGGCACCAGUGCUGGUUACUUUUGACUUCCUAUGGCUCAGCGAGGAUCACAGCACCGCCGGGAUCCUCCUGUUAGGCUCCUGUCUGCUGCUGGGACUCUCAGACUGGCUCUCGGCUGAUACUCUGACCGUCCUGACCCGCUGCCUGGGUCUGUCCUCUCUGUCCUGCUGCCUGAUGGUGUGUCUGUUUGCUGGGAAUGUUUUAGGAGCCGCAGGAGGUGUAGCGCUCAGUCUGCCGUUACUUGUGGUGCAGCAGGUUGAACCCACCGUUGUUGCUCCGCUUGUAGCUCCAGCUGCGACAGAAGGACUCAUGAAGUGGCUCUUAAACGCUUUGCUGUCAGUGGGAUGCUGGGCGUCCACACGAGCUCUGGGACAGUUUCUGUUGGACGUAACUGAUCGAUAUAACAUUUGAACCACAGAUCCUCCAUAUGCUUGCACAGAACUGACUAUUUUUAAUACCUUAUAUUUAUCAAUUUAUUCACGUCAGAGGUUGGAGGAUUUACAAUUGUUAGCUUCACCACAAAUAACUGAAGAACUUUAAUCUCAUUUGUCUUAGAAAUAGUGAACAUUUUUCCCAAAUUAAUUGCCAAAUGAUGUGCCAAAUUGAAGAAUUCAACAAGGGCUUAUUGGUGUAAAAAAUAAAAACUUUAAUGAUAAAAGACAGAAAAGUUGAAUGAUGAUCCUUGUCAGGUAUGGUGAAUUCAAAAGAGGAGAAGAAAUUAAUGUAAUAAACAGGCAGAAAAUCCCCUGCAGAUUGGUGAUUGGCUGGUUAUACUUUAGUAACCAGGAUGUAAUCGAAGACGAGGAGGAAUGAAGAGUCCCAGCAACAGCAAAACCCAAAACUGCAAGAAUUCAAAGCGGACUGUCCUACAUUUAAUACUAUAACCAGGAGUCUGGAAGAGAAUCUGUGGCUGAUUUGUGGGGAGUCAAAGUAAAAAGGCAUUGAGAAUUUAAAAGCUAACUCCUGUCUGACUUACAUACAGAUUGAUGAACUUGGGGUCCUAACAAACUAAAUAUUGGAGUCCUCGACAAACUGGAAAAUGAAGCAAAAAUGCCUCAAAUCACUGCAAAAACAAGAAUUAAGUAAAAACCAUUCCCACCACAUUUGCAGAUUGUCCUUAAAUUGGUAAAAAAAUCUGCCAAUGGGGUGAGGAAAAUGUUCUUAUUUUAAGAAAAAAACAUUUCUUGUCACUAAGACAUGUUUCCUUAAAUUAUUUUGCAAUUGAAAAACUUUCUUGAUAAGAUUAUUUUUCUUGCAAGACAGAAAAUAAGAUUUUUUUUGCAAUAAAAGUCUUUUUCCUUUCUUAAGAUUCUGUUUUUGCAGUGUUUACGAGCUAACCUGUGAUCAAGCACCUUGUUUUUGAGAUAAGACAACAGCAAAAUGCUAACAAACUUUUGUUUGAUAGCUUUAGACAAACAACUCUUUUGGGUUAACUUAAUUUUUCUGGGUUAUCAAUUCUAUUUCCAUUUUUUGAUGUCAAACAUUUCAUACUGAUUAAAGUGGGACUGAAGCGUUGCAGAUUUCUUUGUGGUUAUUUUAUUUCCUAUUACACUCUGCAGACUCAGCAUCAAUGACAACAGUAUUUUUUCAGCUUUUUGACAUCUUUAUUUACCAUCACUCUCCUUAAAUUGAAUGACUUGACCUUUUAACUCGCCACAACCUAAAUUGAUUGUUAUUAUCAUCCCCACUAGAGCCCUUUUAGGACCCUAGAUAUAUAUUCUUUUUUUUUGUACAGAUGAUUGGAUGGGAUGCUGCAGAUGGUCUUUAGGGAUUUCAGGAGUGUGAAUGCGGACAAAUUCCUCCUCUGGUUCAUUGCAGUAUAUCAGCAAGUAUCUCUGGCUCUGCUCCAGCUUUUGGAAACAGUUCUUCUGUUUAACCUCAAAGCUGAUCAGUGAUACUUUUUUAAGAUUUUCACUUCGGUAGACAUGUUUGAUUUUUUUCAGAUUACCACAUUAGUGGUAUAUUCACAGAAUAAAUUAACAGAAUAAGUAAUUUUUAAGAUUAUUUCUUGUUAAAUUUAGAUUUUUAGAAGCAAAUUUCCUCAUCCAUUAUCAGCCCUUUUCUGUGGUAUCAGCCUCAUUCCCUCACCUUCACCGGUCUCCAUGUCAGUCUAAUCUAUCACAGCAUCCCUGCAGCUAUAUGAGAAAAGCCCACUGAGCAUGCUCCCUGCAGCUGCCGCCUGUGGAUGGAGCGAUGUAGAGAGAAGGAACAGAGGGAGGAGAGAGGAUAUGGGAUAAACGGAGCAGUGCAGCGGUGCUGCUGCAGCUCUGAGAACAACGGCUGCAUACCUAACACCACAGAUGGAGCGUGACAGCAGCCUCAGAAUGGCUGCAACGACCGACGGCCAUCACCAAAGGGAACACAUCCUUUAAGGUGAGACUGGACCGCGUGAAGAUGUAUGCCUUUUACUCCCUUUUAGUCUACAUCUUCUACACUGUCUUCAAAAAAGAGGAGGAGGAAGGCUUGCAGGGGGAACACGAUGCUUCCCCAGACGAGCCAGGACCUGUUACCAUGGAAACAAGGAGCAAGAGAAGUGAUGGCCACACCCCCAGAAUGAGAAAGAAAGCUUGUGCCCGUUUAAGUGAAUCAAGCAGCAGCAGUGACAGUGAUGAAGUGAGUGACGAGGAUGAGGAGGAUGACUCGGUCAAACCAGCAUGUACUCCUCUAGCUGCCUUUUUGUCUUUCAAACAAGAGUCUGAGAAGAGGAGGACCCCCCCAGUCCACCUGGACACACCAGGAAAGACCCCACCGCUGACGGACUCUCCCCUGGUGGCCGUGAUGUCCCACUUGCUGAGCUUUUUGGAGCAGUACUCCCACUUCCAGCAGCUCCAGCAGCAGGCCGACCAGUACCGAGUGCAGCUGAAGAGGCACCGCGUCCAGCACCGACGUCAGAUGAAGGCCCUGCGGGCCUCAUACCGCCAGCGCCUCCGAGACAAGAACAACAUCAUCAGCAGCCUGGAGGAGGCUGUCAGCCAGCAGCAGAGCCCCAGCCCUUUGAGUGACGGUGAGUCGAGCAGUAACAUCGGGACUCCGGCUGGGGUUCACAGGCUGGUGGAGUCUCUGUAUGGCCUGCAGGGUGAGAGGAGUAAACUGAGAGGAGAACUGCAUCUGCUGCACUCCCAACUGGAGCAAAAAGAACAAGACAGACACUCGCGCAUACAAGCCUUUCAGCAGCAGAUUGAUGAGCUGAAGAGCUGCAUUGAAGAGCGUGAAGAGGAGCUGUCACGGCUGAGAACAGCAACAGGCGCCACAGACUCAGAGAAGCGAGUGCUGUGUCUGUCAGCAGAGAACGAGAGCUUGAAGCAGAGUCUGAGCGUGACGCAGGGCCUCCUGCAGCAGCUGUCCACCAUCCCGUCUCAGUCCAGCAACAUGCUCGUCAAGGAAAACGAGAAUCUGCGCAGCAGAGUGCAGCAGCUGGAGAGCUCUCUGCAGCAACGGGCCGAGCAGCUUUCACAACUGGAGAGAAGGAGCGAGCAGAGCGAGUGGAGGAGAGCGGAGGAGCUGAGGAAACGAGAGGACAGAGUGAGGGAGCUGCAGCUGGAGCUGGACAGAGAGAAGGGGAAGGAGCCCGUUGUAAAGUAUGUGACUCAGACUGUGGAGGUGGAAUCAGCAGCAACUGUGAAGCAGCUGAAUAAGGCCCGACAGAGGAACGAGGUGUUGGCUGGAAGGCUGUCUGAUCAGAACGAACGCUGCAGGCAGCUGGAGGAGCAAAUCCGGAAGUCUGAUGAGUACAGCUGCAAUCUGCAGCACAAGAUCGCAGCGUACGAGCGAGAAAUCACCAAACUGAGGGAGGAACUGUUGAAAGAAAUUGGACAUUUGGAGGAGAGGAAGGAGGAAGCGGUGAGAGCUGCUGCCAGCUGCUCAGCCGACCACUUUCAGAACCUGCAGGAUCAGUUCUUCAGCUUGCAGAAGCGUCUCACAGCACUCCCUCCCACUUUACGCUCCAUGAAGACAGACUACGCCAGCCUGAGGAGCCAAGUUCGAAACUUCUCAGACUUUUAUGGCAGUGCCAUCAAUGAAGCAAAAAAGCAGAUUGCAGCUGCCAUCAACGAAAUGUCUGAAGCCAACAAAGAUCUCCUGGAGAAGUACAGAAAAGAGGUUGCGCUGCGCAGGAAGUACCACGAGCAGCUGGUGGAGCUCAAAGGCAACAUUCGCGUUCUGUGUCGUGUGAAGCCUGUGCUGAAGGAGGAUCAGCACGAGGAGGGUCAGUCCGUGGUCGUAGCCACCGAUCCCAACAAUGAAUCCUCUCUGACGGUGAUAAGCAAAGGAAAAGGUCGGAUCUUUGAGCUGGACAAGGUCUUCCAACCGCAGGCCACUCAGGAAGAGAUCUUUCAGGAGAUUGAGCCUCUUGUGACGUCGUGCAUUGAUGGAUACCAUGUUUGCAUAUUUGCAUAUGGGCAGACGGGCUCUGGAAAAACUCACACUAUGGAGGGCACCGUGGAAAACCCUGGAAUCAACCAGCGAGCUCUGAAACAUCUCUUUAAUGAGAUCGAGGAGAGGAAGGACAUGUGGUCCUACACCGUCUCCGUCAGCUCUGUGGAGAUCUACAACGAGGUGUUGAGAGACCUGCUUAGUAAGGAUGGAGAGAAACUGGACAUAAAGAUCAACCCGGAUGGAACGGGACAGCUGCAUGUGCCCGGCCUCAGAGUGAUAGAGGUGAAGAGUUUUCAGCACAUUAAAAAGAUUUUAGCCACAGCUCGACGGAACAGGAUCACCUUUGGCACUCAGAUGAACCAGCACAGCUCUCGCUCCCACGCCCUGCUGUGCAUCACCGUUCAGGGCACAGACCUCGCCACGGGCUCCAAAACCACAGGCAAGUUGAACCUGGUGGACCUGGCGGGCUCAGAGAGGGUGUGGAAAUCUGGUGCAGAGGGAGAGAGGCUGAAAGAAGCCCAAAAUAUCAACCGCUCGCUGCUGGCUCUGGGGGACGUCAUUCAGGCUCUCCGUGCUCGGCAGACUCACAUCCCCUUCAGGAACUCCCGCCUCACCUACUUACUGCAAGACUCUCUGGGCAAAGGCAGCAAAACCGUCAUGGUGGUCCAGGUUUCUGCUCUGGAGAGCAACGUGGGAGAAACGCUGUGCUCUCUAAAGUUUGCCCAGAGGGUGUGCAAGGUGGAACUAGGUCCUGCAGCCAGGAAGAUUGAAUCCGGCGUGGGGCAGUGCGACUGAAUCCUCCGGAGUCUGCCAGAUCAUCAUCCGGCACUAGAAUAAUCCUCAAAGCUCUGCAGCAAUCCUGAUCAAGGGCUAAAUGUGCAGCUGUGGCCGAAACUCCUCCAUCAUCACGAACUUCUGUUGCCAUAAUUCUUAAUCUGCAUGCAGGAGUCAAACGAUGCGAGGCCUCAUUCUUCUUCCAGCCCAACAGAACAAUUCUCAGUGAUCAUUUUAGUCAGUAUAUCAACACAUCAGUUCAUGCUGAGUUACUCAUCCUGCUGUAAAUGCCUGUAGUUUGUAAUCUUCAUCCCAAAUAUGAUGUAUAUCCGAAGAUUGUAGUGUGUAGGAGCGGCUGAAGUACAAGCUGCUCAUUUAUGUCACAUUUAAGUCGCAGAUUUGUGCCGUUUUUGUGAGUUCCUCUUUAGCAUUGUUUGCCUUUCGUGGCAGGAAUCUGUUGUGGAAGGAGCGGGUGGCCUUUACGUCAUGAGCUGUGCAAUACGCUCCUUCAAGAUGACGGGAGUUUUGACUGAAGAUGCACUUUAUUGUGAAAGGAACGGAUCAUUUCAGCUCAAACGCUUGUAAUAGAGUUCACUAGUGAAAUUCAUACCAAAUACUGUUUAUGGGUUCAAUUUGUUCAUUGAUUUAUCAGCUGCUUAAAGAAAGUUAGCUUUUGACUUUAAUGUAGCAACACAUCGAUGUCGCAUCAACUACCUUGAGUGCUUAGGAGUCGCUAAUGAUAAAGAGUGAAUCUUCAGGUAAUUUUAUCAAUAAAUAUGGAUUUUAAAAAGUG